AUGUCUUCCUCCCUCAUCGCCCGCUCCGCCGUCAACAAACGCAUCGCGUCUGCCUUCGUGCGCAGGUCGCUCUCACCUCUCGCAGUACAUGCGAGGAACUCUUCCGAAACUGCAUACGUUCCCGGUGGUCCCAUAUACAAGGGCACCGUCAAUGACGCUACCACCUUCCCCCCGCCAUCGAAGACGCAUGGCUCUUAUCACUGGGACUUUGAGCGUCUCCUGUCUGCCGGCCUCGUCCCCAUGACCAUCGCUGCAUUCGUAACGAGCCCCAGCAACUACCCAUUGCUGGACGGCCUCCUGGGCAUCACCUUGGUGAUGCAUAAUCAUAUUGGUUUCGAUGCGGCCCUGGUUGACUACCUGCACCCGAGGAAGUUCCCCAUUCUUGGACCUACCGUCUCAUGGAUUCUUAGGGCAACCACCGUCGGUGUUCUGGUCGGCGUGUACCAGUUCAACACCAAUGAUAUCGGUCUCACCGAGCUGAUUGCCAAGGUGUGGCACGCAUAAACUAUGAACGGCAGAUGCAGUGCGCUCUGCGGUUCAACAUUUCGGCAGCAGGAGGAUGGAUGGGUCGUGCAGAUGAGUUGUCUAUAGUGGUUCGUGUAUUGGCGAAUGUAAAGCAGACAGGGCCUUUCUAUUCGUGAGCGGG